CCAUCAGCUCCUGGGGGCUUACUGCACUUGGCAUGGUUCCCACAGCACUCCGUCCUGUCCCGGAAGUUUGUGGAGGUGAUGACCAAAUACAACGAGGCUCAGGUGGACUUCCGUGAACGCAGUAAAGGGCGAAUCCAGCGGCAGCUCGAAAUCACCGGCAAAAAGACCACAGAUGAGGAGCUGGAGGAGAUGCUGGAGAGUGGGAACCCCGCCAUAUUCACUUCUGGGGUGAGUAUCAUGGACUCCCAGAUUUCCAAGCAAGCCCUCAGUGAGAUCGAGGGGCGGCACAAGGACAUUGUGAGGCUGGAGAGCAGCAUCAAGGAGCUUCAUGACAUGUUUGUGGACAUCGCCAUGCUGGUGGAGAAUCAGGGUGAGAUGCUAGAUAACAUAGAGCUGAAUGUCAUGCACACAGUGGACCAUGUGGAGAAGGCACGGGAAGAAACGAAAAGAGCUGUGAAGUACCAGGGUCAGGCCCGGAAGAAAUUGAUAAUUAUCAUUGCAGUAGUAGUGGUGUUGCUGGGCAUUUUAGCAUUGAUUAUUGGACUUUCCGUUGGGCUGAAGUAAUGGCAGCCCGAGUGGUUGCUGCACUGAAAUAACCCGAUUUCACUCCAGCCUGGUGUGGCCACCCUUGUCUUCAGACGGGAACAGAGCUUGAAUG